CCUCAUGCAUUUUUGGUCAUUUUAUCAGUCAUCAUGUUCUUCAUUAUCACAUGACUGUCUCUGGACUACUGUUAUCUGCCUUUUACACUUGUUUGCAUUUCAGCUGUCUGGGAGAACAUAUUUCAAGGUAGAUUCCAGUCAUUUCCAGGUAGGUAUAAAAUAACCUAUGUAUAAUAUAUGGGCGGGCCUAAAAUCACAGCUAUAUUUAGGCUACUCAGCAUCAUGCUUUCACAUCCGUGGUGCUCCAGCCUUGGUCUUGAAUACCCAGCUGAAGAUUUGCAUUUUUGACUGCAGAAAAACAAGAAUUGGCAGAAUGGCAGCUAGUGAGCAACAGCUGGCAAUUUAUAAACCAACGACCGCAAUUACAUCAAUCAAGGGAGGCUUGCAGGAAGGGAAGCGUGUUAUCAUAAUUGGACGGAUUUUGCCAGAUGCUAACAGAUUACAUGUGAACCUUCAGUGCGGUUCUGAUUCUGAUGCUGAUAUUGCUCUGCACAUAAACCCACGCUAUGAGAACGACAGUGCACAUGUAAUGUACAGCACCUACAAGAACGGUACAUGGGGCUCUGAACAAUCCACGCCUGACUCUCCUUUCGUCAAAGACAAACUGUUCGCCAUCGAGAUCCUUGUCACCAAGGAGGUAUACAAGAUAAGUGCUAAUGGGAAACACUUAAAGGACUAUGAACACCAUAUUCCAAUCAUUCAAGUGAACACCAUCUCAGUGGACCAAAACAUCGAGCUGGAGUUCAUUGGCUACCAGAAUUCUGUGCCACCAUACAAAAAAGAACUGAUCAAUGGACUAAAGUCUGACAAAAACAUAGUCAUUUACGGAAUUCCAAACCCUGACUGUAAAAGCAUAGCAAUUCAUCUGCGCCACAGAUAUGGGGUUGCAUUUCACUACCAAUGCCGUUUUGAGGAGAAUGUAGUUGUCCGCAAUACCCAUGAAAAUGGGAGUUGGGGGCCAGAAGAAAAGAGUGAAGGCAUACCUUUUAUACAAGGCCAAUUCUUUCAGGCCAAAGUCUCCUGCAAAGCAGAGCAGUACGAUGUGUCAGUGAAUGGCCAGCAAGCACACACUUACAAGCAUCGCUUUACUAAACUGGAGGACAUCGAUGUUGUUGAAGUUUGUGGAGAUCUACAGUUGUUUUCUGUGGAAGCCUAACAAGUAUACAGGUUCACAAGAAGUCCAUAUUUAAUAUUUUCACGAACAAGUUCAUAUAUCUUAUGCUUAAAAAUAAAUGUUCUGUUAAUGGGUCUGAUAAAUUCAAUGGGUCAAAUAUCUUCCACUGGUGACAACAUUCACAUAUAACUUUCUAACUACAUAUCUAAUACUUCUGCAGUGUUUUGCACUUUGUUGAAUAUGGAUCUACAUUUAAAUCAAGGUGGAGGUAGAA